AUGCCGUCGGCGGCGCCACGUGGCGCCGCCGCUGAUCCAGAUCGCCUGGCCACGGCAGUGAGGGCGCAGACGGAGCAGAAGGGCGAGCAGAAGGGGGACACGGACAAGCGGGCGGGGCGCAGCACCUACAGGCCCACGACCUACACCGAGCUGGUGGACGAUGCGGUGGCGGCAGUAGCGGUGGCUGUGGAGGAUGGGCUCAACCGGCUGGAGGUGGAGUUCCCCGCAGUCAGCAAUGUGGACGGCUACAAGGGCUCCUCAGACUUAUACAUCGAUGCCAACAUCCAGCUGGCGCUGGCGGCGUCGCGCAAGCUGGCAGAGGUUACGGGCAAGCGGGUGCACCUGCUGCUGCCAGACGAGACCGAGUACUCUCGCGCAGCGGAGAUGUUCAAGGCGGCACUGGCUGCCUCGGACAACGUCAGCAUGGGCCACUUCCGGGAGGGGCGCCCCUCCCUGGCCUCCACCUUUGGCAACAUCCUGUUCAUGGGCGUGGGCGGGCGCGAGGUGGAUGGUCCGCAGGCGGCUGCGCAGCGUGCCGACAUCUUCAUCGCCAUUAACGCCUCCACCGUGGAGCUGGCUGACCUGGAAGCGUACUGCGAGGAGACUGCCAAGGAGCGGGUGGUGGUGGCCUGGAACAUGGAGCUGGACACGUUGCGCUCAGACCUGGGCCUGCUGGGCUUCCCCCCAAAGGACCUGCAGCACCGCUUCCUGUGCACCUUCAAGCCCGUCUUCUACAUCCGCCAGCGCGACUACUCCAAGGCAAGCCCACCCACCCCCGCACCGCUCCUGCCCUUGCCAGCUGUGAGCGUGGCGGUGGCUCCCUUCAUCAUUAACUACUCGGGGGCGCUGUCCGGGAAGGACGACAAGCGGCGGUACAACCUGGGCGAAUUCAAGGAGGAGCUGAUGAAUGCCAUGGGGCUCAACACAGAGUCAGAGGGCUCGGCCAUGGCCUUCCUGCGGCGGGGCUACAAGACGUCCACAUGGUGGGAGGAUGACGAGGACAAGGAGCAGUCCAAGGCGUGGCGCUCAUAA